AUGGCCGAGGGACAAAACCACUUACACCAGCAACGGACGUUGCAAGAUUAUUUCAAGCCCGUGGUGAACGAGAAUUAUUCGGGCAUCCAACAUCAACAAGUCAAUGCCAACAACUUCGAGCUCAAGCCGGCCCUCGUCAACAUGGUCCAGCAGAACCAAUAUGGAGGCUUGCCGCACGAGGAUCCCAAUAUCCACUUGGCCACUUUUCUGGAGAUUUGUGACACAGUGAAAAUUAAUGGACUUAAAGAGAUGCUCCGUAAGUGCCCUCAACACGGUAUUGAGGAUUGGUUCCAAGUUCAACUUUUCUACAAUAGGCUUACUGGGCAAACUAAGGCCCAUAUUGAUGCAGCGGCCGGUGGAACCAUCUUAUCAAAGACACCCGGGGAUGCACUCAAUCUCUUUGAGGACAUGGCAAUGAAUAGUUGUCAAUGGCAAAACGAGCGGUCCACUGUGAAGAGAGCAGCAGGGAUUUAUGAUGUGGAUCAAAUGACAUCUCUCAUGGCUCAAAUGGCGCUAUUGACUAAUCAAAUCCAAGGUCUUACCGCAGUUAAUGCAAAUGGUAAUUAA